AUUUUUAUUUCUCUUCUUCUUUCUUUUGGUUUAUUGCUGCCUGCGUUUUUUUUUUUCAAAUUUUAAUUUUUUUGGGUUUUCUUGGUUGUUUUCUCACUCUCACCGGUUUAUCUCCACUGGCCAUAAUCUCUUCUCAAAGCUUAUCUCAUCUUCCCGGUGGAUUCUUGGAUGUUCUCUUUCAGAAUUCCGUUUCUUGAGCUACUACUCUUAGAGUCUUCGUCUUUACUCUUUCACUGUUUAGUUCUUGCGAGCCUUUUUUCGUUGCAGCAGCUGGGGAUCCCAAAAACCCAUCAAUUAUCAUCAGCACAAGUACUGGCCAUACAACGCUUUCUUGCCCAAACAGCGUGAUACCCUUUUGGAUUCAAUCAAAAUGCAGGCCCUUUUCUUGGGCUAUUGAGUCAUCCUUUCUUUGUUCUGCGAGACAUUGCCCCUUCCUAUCCCGAUCUUGCCACAGCGAUCAUGACUCAUUUCAAGAUUCUUGGGUUUCUUGGGCUAUUCAUCCAGUCUUUGUGAAUCAUUGCGGCGUGUUCUGUAGCGGUGCAUGGUUUUAAGAACCUUUCCGCAGUAGAAAUCUUCGCCAUUGGUGGUGUCUUCGUUCUUCGGCGAGAUUCUCUGUGGAUUUUCAACUGAAAAUCUCAUCUGGGUUCAGGUUAAUCUGGUGGCAUUGUGCUGAAUAGUUUUCAAAGCAUCCAUGGGGCUUCUUCGAAGUCUCGUGAUGAUGCUUCUUCGAUUAUGGUUCCUCUGGUUGCCGGUUCACGGAGCUCAACGGCCUAACUCUUCUCAUGAACUUGAUGCUCUUCUCCAAGACUAUGCUUACAAGGCAUUAGCUCCUCCCAAGACUGGCUUGCCUUAUGAUGGGGCUGUUCCCUCAGAAUUGAAUGGGAUAAAGAUUGCAGCAUUGAGGCUUAGGAGUGGCAGCUUAAGGAGGAAAGGUGUUGACAUGUACAAAGAGUUUGUGAUCCCCCCUGGAGUUAUUGAGCAGCCUUAUGUGGAGAGGCUUGUUUUGGUCUACCAAAAUUUGGGAAAUUGGUCUCGGAGGUAUUAUCCACUGUCUGGUUACACUUACCUUGCUCCAGUUCUGGGUCUUCUUGCUUAUGAUGCCUCAAAUUUAACUGCUACUAAUUUACCGGUAUUGGACAUUAAGGCAUCCGAAAAACCUAUAACCAUGAAAUUCUCAGAUGUGAAAUCAGCUCCAGAUGGGUCUAUUGCUAAGUGUGUGUGGUUUGAUUUACAAGGUAACCGAAAUUUUAGCAAUGUGGCAUCUGGCAAUGAAUGUUUUACAAUUCAACAGGGGCAUUUUUCUAUAGUUGUUGAGUAUACUGCCCCUUCCCCAGCACCAUCUGGUGAAGCUCCAGCACCAUCUGGCCAAGCUCCAAAUGUUCCAGGGCCAAGUGAGCAUGGAAAGAAUAAUUCUAAAGUGUGGAUUAUUGUUGGUUCUGUGCUGGGUGGAAUAUUGCUGUUGGUGCUUUUAUCAUUUCUAGUGCUGUGGGUGCAUAAAUUGAAGGAAAGGAAGAAAAUGCAACAGAUGGAGAGGGCUGCAGAUGUGGGAGAAGCCCUGCAAAUGACAUUAGUUGGGGAAAUGAAAGCACCAAUAGCAAUGGUGACUCGAACUCAACCGACCAUUGAGAGUGAAUAUGUUCCCUAACUCCCACCAUUUGUACAAGCUUCCUUUGCCUUUCCGCAGCAAUUCUUAUUCAAGUUCAAUUCCGGUAUUCAGAAAUUCUUCUACUUGCACCUAUUUUUGGUGGUGUCUCCUGCUCACUGCUUUGGUCUUUAGUAGGCUCUUGGUUGUAGUGUCGGUAAUAUAGGAUUUUUGUGUAAAUCUGUUAUCACUUGCAAACCGUUCAUAGAUUUAUGAUUCAUUAUGGUGUGCAUUUAGCCAAAAGUGAUUCUAUAUGUGAUGAAUUUAGUUUUCCCAUAGACAAGCAAUAAAACUGUGGUGCAUUCACUUCUA